AUGACAAUUUUAUUUUAUACAAAUGCACAAUGGUUUAUUGUUAAAAAAAAAUAUCCAUCAAAAUCAAUGAAUUAUCCAAAUCCUGGUAAAAGAAGUAUAACAGAAGAAGAAUUAAAAUUAUUAAAUAUUGAUUGUUCUAUUCCUUAUUCAAAUUUCAAUUCAUAUAAAGAAAAAACUGCACGAUUAUUAUCAUGUAAUCAUCACAAAUUACCAUUAACAAUAAUCAAUGAUUCAUCAUCAUCAUCAUCGAAUUCAAAUAGUAUUGAAGAUGAAUUAUAUUCUAUACCUCAAUUUAUUUCUCAAAUACGAAGGACUCCACGUUCUAUUCCACCUUAUUUUAAUGAACAUCCUGAUUUAUUCAAUAGACGACGAUUACUCAAACGUUUAAGACGAUUUACAAACAAAUAA